AGACUGAGAACAGGAAUGAGUAUAGAAAUUCCUGAAGGACUGACGGAGCUGCUACAGAGCUUUACCGUGGAAGUGUUGAGGAGCCAGCCCAGGGAUUUGCUCGAGUUCGCGCUGCAGUACUUCACCCAGCUGAAGGACCGGGAGACCAAAGAGGCCUCGUGUGGCAAUGACCAGAAUUCGGCCCCGAGACCUGGGAAAGCGGUCAACUUCAUUGACGAAGCCAUGCAGAUCGACUCGGAGAACGGAGAGGAGGAGGAGGAGGACGACGACGAUGACGAGGAAUUCAUAGCCCCAGUCAUAAACCGGUUCAUCAGAAGAGCAUCAGUGUGUGCUGAAGCAUUCAAUCCUGAUGAUGAUGAUGAUGAGGAUAAAGAGCCAUGGAUCACCCACCCAAAAACCGAUGAGCAGAGACAGAGACUACAGGAAGCAUGUAGGGACAUUCUUCUGUUCAAGAAUUUGGAUCAAGAACAGAUGUCUCAGGUGCUGGAUGCCAUGUUUGAGAAGUUCUGCACAGAAGAGGAGCACAUUAUUGAUCAACAUGAUGACGGGGACAACUUUUAUGUUCUUGAAAGUGGGAUGUUUAACAUAUUCGUGAAGGUUGAUGGUAUGGAUAAACUGGUCGGCUGCUAUGACAACAGAGGAAGCUUUGGAGAGCUAGCACUGAUGUACAACACCCCCAGGGCAGCCACCAUAGUCGCUGUCUCGCCUGGAGCCCUUUGGUGCCUAGAUCGUCUGACAUUCAGGAGGAUCAUAGUGAAGAAUAACGCCAAGAAGAGAAAGCUGUAUGAGGCGUUCAUCGAAACGCUACCACUGCUCACAUCACUAGAGCUCUCUGAGAGAAUGAAGGUUGUAGAUGUUCUGUCCACCAAGGUGUUCAAUGAUUCACAGCAGAUUAUUGCACAGGGGGAUUUAGCGGUUUCCUUCUACAUUGUCGAGUCUGGCCAAGUUAGAAUCACCAUGAAAAGAAGCAGGACGAAAAAAGACCAGGAGGAAGAGGAGACGGACAUUGCCACAUGUUCAAGGGGCCAGUAUUUUGGGGAGUUGGCACUUGUCACAAACAAGCCCAGAGCUGCAUCGGCGUAUGCUGUGGGGAGCGUGAAAUGCUUGGUCAUGGAUGUCAAAGCCUUCGAGAGAUUGCUGGGCCCGUGCAUGGACAUCAUGAAGAGAAACAUUGCUAACUAUGAGGAGCAGCUGGUCACCCUGUUUGGAAGUAGCCCAGAGAUUGAGCAACACAGUGCAUAA